CUCAUCCCCCCGCUCUUCGCCCGCGUCCCCCAACCCCAGAGACACACUCUUGGGGCCUUCCUGAGCUUCGGCUGCUGUGUUUUCCUGUGACACGAUGUUCUCCUUCUCUGGCUGCUGGAGGCCUGAACUGUUAGUGCUGCUACUCCUGGCUGUGGCUGUGAGAGAAUCCUGGCAGACAGAAGAAAAAUCUUGUGACCUGGUAGGAGAAAAGGAUAAGGAGUCAGAGAAAGAGGUGGCUCUCCUGGAGAGGUUACGGCCACUGUUCGACAAAAGUUUUGAGAGUACUGUGGGCCAGGGUUCAGACACAUACAGCUACACCUUCAGAAUAUGCCGGGAAGCUGGCAACCACUCCUCUGGGGCAGGCCUGGUGCAGAUCAACAGAAACAAUGGGAAAGAGACGGUCGUUGGGAGAAUCAACGAGACUCACAUCUUCAAUGGAAGUAAUUGGAUCAUGCUGAUAUAUAAAGGAGGUGACGAAUAUGACAACCACUGUGGCAAAGAGCAGCGUCGGGCAGUGGUGAUGAUCUCCUGCAAUCGACACACACUAGCGGACAAUUUUAACCCAGUGUCUGAGGAACGGGGCAAAGUCCAUGAUUGUUUCUACCUCUUUGAGAUGGACAGCAGCCUAGCCUGUUCAGCAGAGGCCUCGCACCUCAGCGUGGGCGCUGUCCUACUGGUCAUAUUUGCAUCACUGGUUGCUGUCUAUAUCAUGGGGGGCUUCUUAUACCAGCGACUAGUGGUGGGAGCCAAGGGAAUGGAGCAGUUUCCUCAUUUGGCCUUCUGGCAGGAUCUUGGCAACCUGGUAGCUGAUGGCUGUGACUUUGUGUGCCGCUCAAAACCUCGCAAUGUGCCUGCUGCAUAUCGUGGAGUUGGGGAUGACCAGCUGGGGGAGGAAUCAGAAGAAAGGGAUGACCAUUUGCUACCAAUGUGAUUGCACUAUUUAACAUCCCGCCACCUCUUCACUCCCCAAACCAAAGCAUACUCAGCCAGACUUCUCAAGCCGACUCUUUUCAUCUCUUGCUUUGCCAUCAAUAUCCUUGCUUUCCAGUUGGCUUUUGAUUUGACCCUAAACUGCCUCCCUUUGCUCCUGUUGCUUUUCCUCUGCAUAAGUGCAGUGUAAGGUAGACAUAGGGCCUGGAGGGCAGACUCUUGUGCCCCCAGGAAGAGCAAGGACAGCUAAAUGGGCAGAAAGACACGAGCCCUGACUGUCUAAACAUUUUCACAAGUUGAGACACUGGAUUUCUUUCAUUUAAAAAAGCAAAGAUUACUCGCACCUUUGGUUGCCUCAUGUUCUGUCCCUACAGCAGCCUCAUGAGGAUGAGCGGCUGCCUAGAGCUGCUGUGCAGGCUUGCCUGGCUGUAACCCCAAUUCUGUUUGCUUUGAGCCUGGAGCCAGUCACCUGGUUAUCCCUUGUGUGGGAUUAGGACAGGGAAAAUGUGAAAUUUCCCAACUAUAGGAUUCUAAGGUGCCAUCACCUUGCUUAUGGGUCUUUGGGCAGCUUGAAUUGGGCCCUGGACUGUGCUCAUAGAUCUGUAUGUAGUCCAAACGCCUAAUCAAGUAGUCCUAAAGGAAACAGACCCAUGCUCUAGAGGUCCCCAACCUGUCACCUUGUGUUGGGAUCUCCUUGAUUUUUUUCUGUUUGUCAUAAAAGCUGGCAAACCUGUUCUUUCUUGCUCACUGCCUUCUACUAAUACUUCUCAACUUGUACUGCACUUUUCUCACAGGUCUGUAGUUUGGCUUUUUGUUUUUUCCAAUCUUAAAGGGAAGGGAACAGAAGUGGACUUGGAGGGCUCUGCAGGUCUCUGCUGUAGGUGGGGAACACUGCUGCACCUGUCCCUCCUGCUCGCUCAGGGAAGUGUCUUACCCACCCAUCUAUGGGAAAAGAUUUUUAAUCCUCUCCUCCUGUUUAGGCCUUGUGCUCAGAACCACGGGCUGGUCUUUACAAUAGUGACCUCCUAGGCCACUAAGUAAGAACACAGGAGAUGUAGAAAAGGUGGGGCCAUGUUACUUUUAGGAAAGAAAAUGAAAUGACGUCAUUCUAACUUCUCAGUACUCUUGCAGUGAUAGUGGGAUUUUUGUUUUCUUUCUAUACAGAAAAAAAAAUAAUGUUAUUUUUUAAAAAGGCAUCUCAUUUGAUGUUUGCAUCCUUCCCCCCAUGUUUUAAAUGAAAAGUAAUACACCACUUUUUGUACAAAAACACAAUAAUUACAAAACAU